GCCGUGGGUUCCCCGAGCCGCGUGGCACCUCCGCCGUCUCUCUCCCCUGGCCGCUGGGUAUUCCGACGGCAGGCUUUCCCUCCGAAACUGCAGUGACCCCGUGCCUGUUUCCUCUUUUGGCGACACGGACCGUGUUCUGAAGUCGGAGCAUUACUGGAGAGGGGCUUGAACCCACCCACAUAAAGCUGAGAAAAAGAAUUGGCUUUUAAAAUGUCCAAACCAAUCUGGAGAGAAAAAAAAAUGAGGCUCAGUUUUCUCCGCGGAUUCUCCCCUGGGACUGUAGAAAAUACAUCCGUAUUAUCACCCCGUGACUAUUUUCUGAGCUCUGUUGGGGGAAGAUGCCCAAGAAAAAGACCGGUGCGCGGAAGAAGGCCGAGAACCGCCGGGAGCGGGAGAAGCAGCUCCGGGCGCUGAGAGGCACCGUGGAUUUAGCCAAGCACCCGUGCAACGCGUCCAUGGAAUGUGAUAAAUGUCAGAGGCGACAGAAGAAUAGAGCGUUUUGCUACUUCUGUAAUUCUGUGCAGAAGUUACCGAUCUGUGCGCAGUGUGGGAAGACCAAGUGCAUGAUGAAGUCAUCAGACUGUGUCAUAAAGCAUGCCGGUGUGUACAGUACCGGCCUGGCGAUGGUGGGUGCAAUAUGUGACUUCUGUGAGGCUUGGGUCUGCCACGGCAGGAAAUGUCUCAGCACACACGCCUGCGCCUGCCCUCUUACUGACGCCGAGUGUGUGGAGUGCGAACGGGGUGUCUGGGACCACGGAGGCAGAAUAUUCAGCUGUUCCUUUUGCCAAAACUUUCUCUGUGAAGAUGAUCAAUUUGAACAUCAAGCCAGCUGCCAGGUUUUAGAGGCGGAAACAUUUAAGUGCGUUUCAUGCAACCGGCUCGGCCAGCACUCUUGUCUUCGUUGUAAGGCCUGUUUCUGUGACGACCACACAAGGAGCAAGGUGUUCAAGCAGGAGAAGGGCAAGCAGCCGCCCUGCCCGAAGUGCGGCCACGAGACCCAGGAGACCAAGGACCUCAGCAUGUCAACACGCUCCCUGAAGUUUGGCAGGCAGACUGGGGGUGAGGAGGGAGAUGGAGCUUCCGGGUACGACGCCUAUUGGAAGAACCUUUCCACUGAUAAGUAUGGUGACACCAGCUACCACGAUGAGGAGGAUGACUACGAAGCAGAGGAUGAUGAAGAGGAAGAAGAGGAAGGCGGAAAGGAUUCGGAUGCUGAGUCCUCAGAUUUGUUCACUAAUUUAAACUUAGGAAGGACCUACGCCAGUGGCUAUGCGCACUAUGAGGAACAGGAAAGCUAGGAGGGCCGCCCGCCCCCGGUGACCUUGUCUGAGGGCAAAUGCGCCGGAAGGCCUGUGCAUGGUGAACUGCGUGAGGAUGUUCAGCAGUACCGUCACGUAGCCUUGUGUAGCAGUCAGUUACUGGGGCAAGGAGCAGGGCGUAGCAUUUUUAUAGGAAAUGAUAAUCAGGCUUAUAGUGUAAGGAAAAUGAAUUUCAAAGGUAAGAUAUUUAUUAAUAUAAACAAUGAAGCAUCAUGGAUUGGAUUUUCACUGAUUUCAGUAAUCUGGUAGGCUUUGCGAAUUAGAUACAUAGAUAGGAUAAAGGAAUAGGAGGGUAAUAUAUAUGAAAUUAAAUUGCUGUUUUUAUGAAAAACACUGCUUAUGAAUUUAUUCUGACUUUUUAAUAUAUAAUGGGUAAAAUGAAUUAUUGUAUUUUUCUUUGUAUGUCCCCAGGAUACAUAUCAGAUGUUAUGUGCUAAAUUUUCAUUAAAUCUUCACAUUAUCUUA